AACUAUGUCGAGAUCGUUAUCCCUCUCGUCUUCUGUGAGUACGUGUUCGUACCCAAACCUUUGCCUAAUCGGAACUUCUACCCCAUUUACGACGAUAUGGACCAGCCUCAACUACUUCAGACGCUGGACAACGUGCUGCUAUACUGCCUCCUACAGUUCUUUUCAAUGGUGCUCAUGAUCGUGAUGCUCAAGCGCAUGAUCGGCCACUCGCCCAUCCAGCAGAUUGCGUUUGUUCUGCAACACCAAGUCGACUGGGUGCAAAUGUGUCUGGUCUUCUACAAUGUACAAGGCUCACUACGUCACUUGGGU